AUGGGGAUCAUCCCAUACUAUUACCUACCGUAUAAUCGUGACCGAAGCGGGGGGAGCGCGACUAGAAUUAAAGUGUCUCGUCGGACCAUGCUCACUCAGGCUUGGGAUGACAGUCAUCUGAUUGAUAGGGCGAAAGAAAGCCUCCCUCGGAGAUCCCUGCCAAUGGUUCCAGCUUCCAACUCGCUCGCAGCAAGCCCGCUCCAAUGCAAGGUCCCGCGCGGCUCCGCUCGGGCUAAUUCUGCAAGUCUUGGUACCAUGAGCCUUAUUGGCCUGCAUGACCGAGGUACUUUUUGUAAGGGGCUAUGGCAGGCCUCUCUUGCGCGGAUUCUUCGUGGGGAACUUGUCAAAUGCAAGCAAUCCAAGGCCGGUUUGGCCGGCUGGCUGGUUGCCUGUUUCGUGAUCAACGGUGCGGCAGAAGCAACUCACGAUAUGGUAUACUAUUUAAGGUACCUUGUAUAUUGGAACAUGCAUUGCAUCAAGAUACGCAUUUCUUCUGCCGCAAAGACACGGGUGGAUGCAACCUGGCAUCAAAGAGCGGCACCUGGUGGCGAUCUAUUCCAGCUUGCGACAUUCCUGUCUUUCGAUCGCAGCAAAGACGGGUUGGUCCACGGGCUGCGCAGUCUGCAGGAUUCGACUCCCGGACUAUCCUACAACGUUGACUAACCUAGAGGAGGUACUGUUACUACUGCGACAUCUUUUAGUCCAGAAAUAGAGGGAGGGGGUUUGCAAAUACAGUACCUACUACCGCGUCGCUUGUGACC